AAGCCACUUCCUGUUUGUAGCUUCUGAUAUGAUCGCGAGGACAUCAGAGCUUCUUAGAGGUGUCUCACACAGUUAUAAAGGACCAGUGCGGUGAUAUAUUUUAUUGUUAUAGUUAAAAUCAUGAAUAUUCUCAGCAACUCUAAGAAACUGGUGUCAUCGGUGUUUAGAAGAGGCGUAUCAAUGGAGCAAGCACUUGUUUUCAGAUGCAUCGGUUCUGUCCCCAAAGCUCGUUGUCUCAAGCUGUGUUGCCCUCAAAGGUUGAAAGCAAGUUUACUCUCGUGCCAGCACGGGAACCACGUGACGUCAGCGCCCCGUCACCUUGCAGCGCAGAGACCGUAUUCACGGCUGCGGGGGGGCGACGGGCGUCCAAACAGCAGCACUGACAUGUCUCGGGAGGAGGAGAUGGACGGGGACAGCGGUACCCUGAGUCCAAGAACCCCUGAAGCUUUCACUCUUGACGUGUUGGUGUCUCUACUGCGUCAGGAAAACGCAGUGGACAUCUGUGUGAUUAAAGUACCAGAGCAGAUCAAAUACACAGAGUACUUCCUUGUUGUUAGCGGCGUCUCAACGAGACACAUCCGCGCAAUGGCCCUUUAUGCCCUCAAAGUGUCCAAAUUUCUAAAGAAAAGUGGAGCUCCGUCUGUCAAGAUUGAAGGGAAAGACGCAGAGGACUGGAUGUGUAUUGACUUUGGAAAUAUGGUUGUUCAUUUCAUGCUACCAGAGACCAGAGAAGUCUAUGAACUGGAGAAACUCUGGACUCUGCGCAUGUACGAUGAGCAGCUGAAGAGCAUGCCGACCGAGACGCUGCCAGAAGACUUCAUCUACGAUGCUGAAGACACAAAGUGACAUCAUCUGAGCGGCGUGCACAGACCUCUUCCUUUGACUUUGGAUGCCUCCUCCCUGAUCUCUUUUCGGUGUGUCUGAUAUGGAAAGGAUUUGAAUGACGGUACUUUUGUAAGCACUUCCUCCAGUCAUAGUGAUUAACCUUUCUUUUCCCGUUAUUUAACCAUUCAAGGACAUCAGGUGGUAUCUGUAUAGGAACAUUAUUUAUGCUCAACUGAUUUUUGACCACCCUAAAUAUUUUGUACAUGUUUUACAUGACAUAUUUUUUAUUGCAAUAGUGAAUUUGAAUUGUUUAUUAUAAAUACGAAUUUCAAAGAGUGGGGUCACUCUUAUCUUUUUUUCAAAAACUAUUAAGUUCUGCUGAAGCACAUCACUACACAUACUGGCUGACCUGCUGUACGAGGUUCCUGUUUGCUGUGUGGGGAGAGCAGAUGUAUUCUGCUGAAGACAUUAUUUGUGUGAGUGCUGAUGUGCAUUCACUUGCAUGUACGAAGAGAUUGCUCAGUGAAUUUGUACGAGUGGGUUGGUCCACACUCGGGCCACUCAAAAAGUCUAAAAAUGUACUAAAUGAUUUGAUUAUGAAACUGUAUUUUUCCAUUAUUUUUCUAUUAACAUUAGGUGGAAACCCACUGAUGAAUUAGUGCACAUACAGACGUACACUAACAACUAUAAUACCUUUUCACCUCUUUAAGUGACCAUUCCGGCUCAUUUACUUGUUUUAAGUCACACCGGGUGAGAACAUUAGCUAAAUGUAAAAUGUAAUGAGGCAUGAGACACCAACACAGAGCCUGCUGGGACUUUGGGUUUAAAUGUUUUUGUUCAUGGUCCGAAGAAUGACUCUCCAAAAAACAAUUCUUCAAUAAGAGGUUUCAGAUUUACCUACAAAAAACAACUUUGGACUUAAAGCAUUAAAUAUUUCAUCAAAAUAAGUCAAUUAAACAAUUUCAAACUUGUAAUGCUG